GUCAGUGUGUUGCUUGGACAGUAUAUCUCCCUCUCUCUCCUCUUGAUGCGCGUCAUCGGCUACCAGAGGAGGAGAGGAGCCGAGCGGAGCUGGAACAAACGACAGAGGAGACAUUGUUCCAGUCAAAUGAGUGAGAGUAGACCCUUCGUCCGACUUCUCGUGGGGCUCGUUCUCACUGCGACAGGUGUGCACGCCUCCUGUCCCAUUGAGUUGAGCCCCCCCAGUGUUGUGGUGCGAUAUGGAGACCCGGUGUCGGUGAACUGCAGCACGUCGGAGAUCCAGCACGGCGGAAUGGGCUGGGAGGCCACGCAGGGCGGCCGCAGCCUGGAGUACAAUGUCCAACAUUUGACUUGGACUGUGGAGAAUCUAACGGACUGGCCCAUCUCCCCCUCUUGCUUCCUAAACAUGCCAAAUGAACAGUGCUCCAGGAAACCCAAAGUCGUCCUUUACACGUUCCCGGAGAACAUCAGCAUCGGCUCCAGCAGCGGCCCCGACGGUGUGAUGAGAGAAGGCCACGAGUACAACAUCACGUGUCUCGUCCACAACGUCGCACCUGUGCAACAUCUCACCGUCACGUGGUACAAAGGAGAUUCACCGAUCAGUAGAGACACUUUUGACAAUGGCAGUAAGAAACCCACGGACCAGCCGUCGGUCUACAGCUUGACACCAACCAGACGAGACAACGGAGCCACGUUCAGGUGCGAGGCACAAAUGGACCUGGGGCCAGAGGGGCCGCGACUCAAUGUGUCGUCGGCAGAGCAUAGUGUCACAGUUCACUAUGGGCCAGACAUAAAAAGCGUAGCCCUUAACUUGCUGGAAGGGGGAACUUUGAAGAGUCAUUAUCUGGUGGAAGGAAAUCCCACCCCCUCGGUCAAAUGGAUGAAAGAUGGACGGCGGAUAGACCCGAGCAUCCCCCUGAGCCGGAACGACACAGGGCAGUACGUCGUCGAAGCUGAAGGCGCUUCCUCGGUCAAACGGAAACUCCAGGUUUUUGUGAUGUAUGGACCAGAGCUGAGUUGUCCAAGCUGGUACACGGCGCUGGAGAACACACCCAACAACCUGACCUGCACUGUCGAGGGUUUUCCCAAACCCGAGACGACGUGGUACAAAGACGGUGAGGAGGUGGACCUUCCAAAGAACCCGGACAGAGGUGAUGCGGGGGAGUACGUGGUCACAGCUUCGAACAACGUGUCCAGUGUCAACGUGACGGUGGAGUUUGAUGUCCUAUACGCACCGUCACCGAUAGUUGAGCUGGAAGACUCUGAGGUCGAGGUUGGUUCCUCUGUGUUGCUGAAGUGCUCCUCCGGGGGCAAACCGCGACCAACAUAUUUCUGGGAGUAUUACCAGACGGCCAAUGUGGCAGAGGAAAAUGAAGACGGAGUGACCAGGCUGCUCAUCCACAACGCUACUGCGGACAACAUGGGCUCCUACAGGUGUCACGCCUCCAAUCAUGUGGGAGGUGUCCACAAAACGGCCAGGGUCACCGUAAAAGGUGCCAAGCAAGAAUGCCCUAUCGAAAUAACCCCGGACCGGAUGGUGCUCCGCUACCGCGGGCCGAGCCAGAAUGCAGCCUGCAGACUGACGUCCGCCGCCGCCGCCGGGAACGUCAAAGAAAAAACACACGGGUGGGAUGUGCGGGGCUUCGUGACUUUCAAUGAAAGCUGGAGCGCUGACACCCGUGAAGACUGGGACGCGAGGCCCGUUUGCACGGCGACAUUUUGGGGAAUGGGAGAGUGCAACAAAUCUUUAGACUUCACCCUCUACAAAACACCAGACAACAUCCUUAUCCGUCCUGUCCAUGACGCUGUGAGCCAAUUGGUGGAGGGCAGUGUGCUCCAGCUGCGGUGUGACAUUAUCAGUGUUGCCCCUGCGCAGAACCUCGUCGUGCGGUGGUAUCAAGGAAAUGACACCCUGGAACAUCUUAUCGGAGGCCCACUGCGAGUGACCGGCUGUCUGCCUGAGAACGGCACCAACUGCGACAUCGGUGAGAUCAGAUCUCCGCUCAAUGUGUCGUCCACCAUCAGCAUCCCUCUGAACAGGACGCACAGCGGAGCCGAGUUCAGUUGCGUGGCCCAGAUGGACCUGGGAGCCGAGGGACCGCAGCCCCCUCCGAACGUGAUGUCCGGCCCCUUCAACGUCACCGUCCACUAUAAGCCCGCCAUCAACAGCAAAAAGCUUCCAAAGAGGAUCCCGGUGUUCCGAGGUUAUCCGGAGGAGCUGACCUGUGAAGCCGACGGUCAGCCGCCUCCGAAGAUCCAGUGGCUCUACAGCCCAGACAAAUUGCCCCGGGUGUCCGAAGACACGCUCACCGUGUCUGAGGCGGGCAUCUACAACUGCACUGCAACCAACGAAGUGGACUCCGUCUUUUACGUGGUCGAAGUGAUUUUAAAGGAGGACUACCUGCCCCUCAUAGCUGGAUUUGUUGCAGUCACGGUCGUUGCCAUCUCCAUCGUCUUCCUCUUCAUUUACUCAAUUUACUACAAGAACACCAGGAUGCGCCGCUACAGCCUUAAGAACCCCAAACCCAACAACCACACGGGCAACGUGGCUCACAACGGCUGGGACAUGCAGUUUCCGAUGACUAAACUGUCUUAUUUAGACCAAACCGAAAUAGCAGGAUCCGAGUCACCAGGUGAAAGUGAAACCGGGAGCGACACGGAUCUGGAAAACAAGUGUCCUCCUCAACUCGCGGUCCUUUUUGAAAAAUAUAUAUAUAUAUAUAUAUUUAAUUUGAUCGCUGGUGGUUUUCACACGGACGAGGAAACAAUGAUGUGGCUCUUCGUGCUCGGCGGCUUGAUAGCGAGUACAGGAUCACCCGUGAGCGCCCGCUGUCAAAUUGAGCUGAGCCCCCCGAAGGUUGUGGUGGAAUACGGGGACCCCUUCUCCGUCAACUGCAGCUCAUCGUCCGACCACAUCGAGGGAAUGGGCUGGGAGUCUCCGGAAGGCGGCACGGGGUUUAUGAACGGCGUCUCCUCUCUCCCCUUGGACGUGGACUCUAUUGCACUCUGGAGCAUCAAUGCACAGUGCUACGUCACUCUCUCAGACGGGCAACAGUGCACAGAACGCCUGCCAGUCACCGUCUAUAAAACACCCGACAGUGUGUCGAUGCCUCAGCCGAGUCCAACGGGCCCAAUGGUGGAGGGCCAAAAGUAUCGCGUGCAGUGUGCCGUUGCGGAGGUUGCGCCAGCGAGACACCUCGUCGUCCAGUGGCACAAAGGAGAUGAGAUAUUCUCCGUUGACGAAUUUAACGUUUCCAGCGUGUCACCGCUCAACGUGUCAUCUGUUCGUGAGCUGACCGCCCACAGAGAUGACAGUGGGACUCGGAUCUGGUGUGAGGCAAUGCUCAACUUUUUGCCAGCGGGACCCCAGCUUCCCCCGAUGCAAUCGAAGUCCCAUGAAGUGAUUGUGCUGUACCCGCCGACCUUCGACGAGCUUGAAAAUGAGACGCUGAAAGUUCCCGCCGAUGGUGAAGUGAUUUUGAAUUGCAACGCGACGGGAAACCCUAUGCCGGCGUACAGCUGGCGUUGCCCACAACCCGUACAACAGAUGGUCAAGCAGGAAAGUGAGAAUCAACUCAUCUUGACCCGGUUGCUUCAGUUACCAGGGACCUACACCUGCACAGCGUCCAACACCCAGGGCAACACCACCAAAUAUUUCACUGUCGUCGAGGCACCAAGGGAUCGAUCGACCUUUGCGGCCAUAGUUGGAGUGAUUGCGUUCCUGGGAGUCGCCUUCCUCCUUGCUGGUAUGUUUUUUGUGUCACCCGAAGGCACAUUUUCACCCAACAAAGGCAACUACCUCAGAGGACAACCUACCUCAUCUGGACCUGUAUUUUCCCUCUUUCCCUUUUUGCCCCCCACCCACAAAGUCAGCUGGGAUGACCGGGGCCCUUUUGUUCAAACAUCGCUCCCCUGCAGAGUUGCCAGGCUUGUUCAAGUUGGAAUUUUUCCUUCUCGCUCGCUUCCUUUUAAUUCGACGGCUCUUGUGCAGGAAAAAAGUAACAUGGCAAACGACUUUCGCAGAUGGAUUCUGACGCUUUGCAUGUUUUCCUCAGUGUCCGGUGAAGGCUGCUCGCUCAUCCUGAAGCCCUCCAGGGUCGUGGUGGGCUUCGGGGAGCCGGUGUCGGUCAGCUGUGAGGCCGCUCGCCCGGUGCGUGUCCUGGGCUGGGAGUCGGCCAUCAGCGCCUCGCACACUCAGCAGGACCUGUCUGUCCAGUGGAAGGUGGACAGCCUCAUCGACUGGAUAGAGGAGCCCAUCUGCUACGGGGUGUUCUUCACAGCUCCCAGACAGUGUGAGGAGAAACUCAACCUUGUCCUCUACAAAACCCCGGACAGUGUCUCCAUCCGGCCCGUGAACCACACUGGCCCCAUGGUGGAAGGAAAAGAGUACCAGCUCCUCUGUGAGGUGCAAAAUAUCGCUCCUGUCCAGUAUCUCACCCUGAGGUGGUACAGAGAGAAGACCGAGGUUUACAACCACUCCUUCUCUGACCUCACAUCCUCAUCGCCUGUCCAAGUGUCCUCUAUCCUCCUCGUCACGCCGACCAAAGCCGAGAAUGGAGCGCAGUACAGGUGUGUCGCGGAGCUGGAGCUCGGACCAGAGGGACCACAACCACCUCCUACUGUGGCCUCAGAGCCCCUCAAUGCGUCCGUCUACUUUCCCCCAACGUUCCUCAGUCCUGAACCCGAAGUUGUGGACCUCACUGUGGGUGCAGAAAUCUCCUUGAACUGCAGGGCCGCAGGAAAUCCCACUCCUGUGUACAGCUGGCAGUCCCCCCAUCCGACGCAGGAGACGAUGGAGAAUGAAGCAGUUCUUACCUCUUCCUCGCUGCUCCCAGGGACCUACACCUGCACUGCCUCCAAUGCGCUGGAGAAGAAGAGCAAGCAGUUCAUCGUCAAGGCCAAGACCAAAGGUGUUUGAAACAAGUGAUCUUGAGAUGGGAUUGGGCGACAACAUUGGGACACGUGAGGAGAAUUCAGCAGCUGGGAUUUUGCUUUUGCUGCUUUGGAGACAGAAUACGACAAUGCGUUUAUAACUCAACAGAUAUUUAUGAAGAUCUUGCUAUCAUUAG